GGGGGGGCGGCCCGGGGCAUGUUCGUGUUCGGCUACGACAGCUACAUGGAGCACGCCUUCCCCCGCGACGAGCUGGACCCGCUGCACUGCCGGGGCCGCGGGCCCGACCGCCGCGACCCCUCCAACCUGAACAUCAACGAUGUGCUGGGGAACUACUCCCUGACGCUGAUCGACGCGCUGGACACGCUGGCGGUAAUGGGAAACUCCUCAGAAUUCCAGAAGGCAGUGAAGUUGGUGAUUGACACAGUUUCAUUUGACAAAGACUCAACAGUCCAAGUUUUUGAGGCAACAAUCAGGGUUUUGGGGAGCCUGCUGUCUGCCCACAUCAUCAUUACAGACUCCAAGCAGCCCUUUGGUGACAUGACCAUUAAGGAUUAUGACAAUGAGCUGCUGCACUUGGCUCAUGACCUGGCAGUGAGGCUGCUGCCAGCCUUUGAGAACACCAAAACUGGCAUUCCCUAUCCUCGGGUGAACCUGAAGAAGGGGGUUCCUCCAGACAGCCACAACGAGACCUGCACAGCAGGAGCCGGGUCCUUGCUGGUGGAGUUUGGGAUCCUCAGCAGGCUGCUUGGAGAUUCCACCUUCGAGUGGGUGGCCAGGAGAGCUGUGAAGGCCCUGUGGAGCCUCAGGAGCAAUAACACUGGACUGCUGGGAAAUGUUGUGAAUAUCCAGACUGGUCACUGGGUUGGAAAGCAGAGUGGACUGGGAGCAGGGUCAGAUUCCUUCUAUGAGUACCUGCUGAAGUCCUACAUCCUCUUUGGGGAAAAGGAAGACCUGGAGAUGUUCAAUGCUGCUUACCAGAACAUUCAGAACCACUUGAGGAGAGGUCGGGAGGCCUGCAAUGAGGGAGAGGGGGACCCUCCCCUCUACGUCAACGUCAACAUGUACACGGGCCAGCUGAUGAACACCUGGAUUGACUCGCUGCAGGCUUUCUUCCCUGGGCUGCAGGUGUUGAUAGGAGAUGUGGAAGAUGCCAUUUGUCUCCAUGCCUUCUAUUAUGCCAUUUGGAAACGCUAUGGAGCCCUCCCAGAGAGGUACAACUGGCAGCUGCAGGCCCCAGAUGUUCCCUUCUACCCCCUGAGGCCGGAGCUGGUGGAGUCCACUUAUCUCCUUUACCAGGCCACAAAGAACCCGUUUUACCUUCAUGUGGGAAUGGAUAUUCUGCAGAGUUUGGAAAAAUAUACAAAAGCAAAGUGUGGCUAUGCCACGUUGCACCACGUGGUGGAGAAGACCAAGGAGGAUCGAAUGGAGAGCUUCUUUCUCAGUGAAACCUGUAAAUAUUUGUACCUGUUGUUUGAUGAGGAGAAUCCAGUGCACAAAUCUGGGAAUAAGUUCAUGUUUACUACUGAGGGCCACGUCGUGUCUGUGGACGAGCGUUUCCGGAGCUCCCUGUGGGAGGACAUCCUGCCUGCAGAGGGGGACAGCAGCCACAAAACCAAAGCCACCGAGCUCAAGGCAGCCAACUUCAGCUCCAAUUGUAACAGAGUCCCUGAUGAGAGGAGGUACCUGCUGCCCCUGAAGAGCAACUACAUGAGGCAGAUCGACAGAAUGGUGGGACUGAUCUGAGGGACUCUGCAGGGAAACUUGAGAGGAGCUUGGGAUUGCUCUGCAGCCAUUCCUCCCCCUUCAGCUGCUCCCUGCUCAGCCCGAGUCCCCCGCGUGUCCCCUGGGCCUGGGCUCAGCCUUGCACACAGAGGAGAUGGAGCUCAGUGCUCCCAGCUGGGGUAACCUCCUGUGCCACCUCCACAGCUCUUCUUUCAAGACUUCCUAUGACAAAUGGUGUUGAAAAUGAAGGCUGAAUUUAUUUUAGAAGAAAAAGAAGGCAAAUUGGCCUGUGCCACUUAGCUACCUCUUUGUAGCUGUGUUACAAAUGUCCCUCUAGAGCAGGGUCUGGUAUUUAAUUUGAAAUGAUCUGGGGGCGUGGGGAAGGAGUGGGGAAGUGCAAUUUCUUACACCAAGUUGAAUUAUUGAAUUUUUCUGACUAGCAAUACACAACCUUAAGGUCUACUCAGGUAGGAAGCCACUGGGUUUGCUGGAACAAAACUGCUCUGUGUGCUCUUGGAGGGAUAACUGCUGGUGGUGUAAGAGCUGUUGGUGGAGUCUGACAUCCCUCCCACUCCCAGCUGACAGAAGCUGCAGGGUUGUGAGAGCCUGGAGCUGCAGAAACCAGUGAUCAAACCAACCCAGGUGCCUUUUUGGGAGGGAAAGGGGAAUUGCAGAGCCACUCAGGCAGAAGUUCCCAAAGUUUCCUUGUUUGCCAUGUUUUAGUGCCUUUUCAGGAGAGAUGCUGCUAAGAACUGGUGUCACAGUACACGAAGAACAAACUGUUCACAUUCCUGACAGGAUUCAUGGGUUAGUGCCUUAAGUUCUCUUCUCUAGCAGAGAAAACUGAACUUCCUUGGGAAGAUGGAAAAGUAUUUCUGAUGAGCUGGUUAAAAAAUACAGUGGAACCCAAAGUCACUUAAAAAAAGAUGUUUGGGGUUUUUUUUUAAGAUGCUGGAAGAAUAUCUGUGACCUUCCAGGAAGAAAGCAGUUAAGGGCUUGAGGGAUGACAACAAACUGAGGCCAAAACAACUAUUUUAAAUAUAACAAGUUUUGGGGUUUUUUUUGUCCAGUAGUUCCCCAUUGCUUAUAUACUUCUAAUUUUUGACUACAGUUGAAGUAGUAGAAUGUUAUUUUUGGGUUAAUGACUUUUAAAUUGAGGUAUAAAUACAAGGGCAACUUGAUCUGCUGUAUUUUCACCUUCUUACAACAACAUUGGUUUUCAUAAACCACGUGUUGCAACUCAAAACAUUUCUAAUAAAUAUGAAGUUUGUGCUAGAGAGGUUAUUGUUGGAAUCUUUUAAUGUACAGAUGCACCUCAGGGACUUUGUUGUAAAAUCUUCUGUUCCACAAUAGUUGAAUCUUGUAUUCAGGCAAAAAGAAAAAAAUCAAGUCUUCUUAGUCUUAUUAUAUGUGUUUGGAGGGGUGAAGGGUUGGAGGGGGGAGAGGGAAAUAGGUUAAAUUUUCCCAAAAUAUUGCAAUAGAAUGAGUUGCUUUGGUGUUUGAGGCAGCUGGUGAUUCCAGCUCCUGUAGAAUGGCUUUGCCAAAGGUAUUGCUGGAGUGUCUGAGUUGUCUGUUUCAAAGGAAAACAGGAAUUCAAGGUGUUGUGAUGCAGAGAGGUGUUGGGAGAGGUUUGUGAGAGGGGCAGGAGGAGGGACAGAUGCCCACAGGGGAUUGGGGGCACUUCUGCCCACCCAGGCAGAGGGGUCUGGGCUCUCAAAUGCUGCUCCUGGGCCAGCUGGGCUCAUCCAGCCCUGGGAUGAGAAGUGGUGGGGAGAGAGCCCAGCACAGCAUCCCACAGUGGCUGUGCAAACUCACCAAGUGGCAGUGCCAGGGCGGGCAGGGUUUGGGGAUGGGCAGGAUUUGGGGAUGGGCAGCACUCCAGGAAGGACAGGACACCAGGACAAACACACCCUCAGUGCAGUGGUGGCCUCUCCUGGCCCAGGUUUGUCCCUGACUCAGUUCAGCUCCCUGCAUGUGGCACUGGCCACUCUGUGUUUGUGCCUUCUGAACUCCUGAGCCCAGGGAGGCUCCCAGCCCAGCACUGUGCACAGAAUCCAUUCCUGAGCUUUCCAGAGAGAAUUCCACCACUGUGAGGACGUUGCUCAACUGUUCUGCCUUUGUGAUUGCCAGAAACAGUGAACAGUGGCUGAGAGUGGGAGCAGCCCAGGCAGGAGUUGCAGCCUUCCAGCCAAACAUGAUUCCCCUGGGGAACUGCUUUGGAAUUUCUGUUGCCUGGUGAUGUGACAAUCAUCUUUCCAUAGAAAUGCUCUUUAUCCUCGCGGAGGCUGGUGGUAAAAGACUCUGUGUUCCUUCAGGAACCAACUUUUCUUCUCUUUGUUCUGAAAUUGCUUGGAUACGUUUUUACUCUGUAAGGACAGGGCACCUGUUAUGCAGUAAAUGAGAGCUUUUGUGCAGGACAAUGGCAUCAAAAUGGAACUGAAAACAGUGCUGGAAUCAGUUGCUGAAAUAGACUCUUGUAUUUCUUGGUAUCAUGUGCAAUAUCAGGUUUUCCUAACUAAAAGUGCCAUGUAUGCUUAAUUGUUAUUUAUCCAUGAAGUAUUUAACUGAGGAAACUUGGAAGAGGACCAAAUGUGCUUUCAUGAAAUGUCCCGAAUUUUCAACACUUGGCUUGCAUUUUGCAAA